AUUAAAGUUAGUUAAGUUUCAAGAAGAAAAGAUCCAAACUUUUCUCUCCCUCGCUUCUCCCUCUCUUGGUUUCUUCUCGCUUCUCCCUCGCUUGGUUUAUCCUCGUCUUCCUUCUUCUUCCACAGUAGACAAAAGAUGGCGGGAACUGAAAUGUCAAGGGACGAGUGCGUCAAAUUCCUAAGAGAUAAAGGUUCCGAGUUCGUGGGACUCGACCACCUCGCUGAAGCCCUCUUUUGUUUCAGAAAGUCGCUAACUUUGAGUGAAGAGGGUUUAGGAGAUGAUGCGAUUCUCAGUGCAAGCAUUAAGUUGGUAUCUUGCUUAGUUGCAAAGCUGUACCUUGAGACCGAAAAAGAUAAGAGAACUGUGAUGAUCGAGGAGGGUUUGAUGAUAAUCAACCAGACGAAGAACUUGGGACGCACUUCGGUUGAUUAUGAUUCAGUGGCUAAAAUGUACUGCGCUCUUGGCGACUCUGCUUACAUAAAGGGUGAUGUGGAUCUUUCUUUGAAGAUUUACACCGAAGCUCUAUUGUUUCUGGAAACCGACCCAGUGGCAGACCUAAUGAGUAGGCCAGUACUUACAAAGCACCACGCUUUCAUGAACUUUGCGAUCUCGCUUUGUCUUGAGCAUGCUAGUAUGUACGCCGAAGCACAGAAACACUGCCAGACCUCUGUCGCCAAGUCUGGCGUUUUGCUGAAUAUGAAAGAUACUGCUGAGGAGAUUAAACUCUUGUACCUUGGUGGACUUGAGAAAAUGGAGGUGCUGAAGUGGAAGGGUGCGGUACCAAUGCCUCCCAAGCUCCAUGUGGUAGUACACCCACAAUUAUCUCAGACGUUUCUAGCUAAGAAGGCGGCGCUUGAAGCUGCUUUACAGCAGUGACCAGGUAGUAAAUAUAUGAGAGAAGACCAGAUUUGUGUUUGUUUUGCGCAACUUUAAAAUUCUGAAAGAGACUAUUCAUGCAUAUAGACUUUGUAGUUUGAACUUGAAUCAGAGUUGUGUUGCAGUGGCUGUAAAUAAAUAAAAUGUGAAGAGGGAGAUUUUUUUAUCGGUUGUCUUGUCUUAUCAGUCAGUGAUUCU